AUGGCUGGAGAAAAUGUAAAGACCUGCCGUCAGACGACUGCCAGCGUCACCUCGACCGCGGGUGGGAAAGAUGUCGCCAUAGAGGAGACAAUGGUGACGGCGCUGUAUGAUGAACGGAAUAUGAGCUUGGUUGAGGACUUCCUGUUUUGGAAAAAAGCCAUUGCUUUCUCCUUCUUCAUCUCGCUCGCUGUCAUCAUGGAGGGCUAUGAUACUUCGUUGAUGAAUAACUUCUUUCCCUUUCCGGCAUUCAAGAACAAGUUCGGCGACGAGGUCGACCCCGACGGUGGCAGACUGGUCUCUGCUCGUUGGCAGACCAUCAUACUGAACGGCACCCAAGUCGGCUGCAUCAUUGGGCUGGCCAUCAAUGGUUAUCUCUCUGAAUGGCUCGGAUACAAGAAGACCAUGGUCGCCACAAUGAUGGCCAUGGUGGCCGCAAUCUUCAUUCCCUUUUUUUCCACGAGCCUGGACAUGUACCUCAUUGGAGGUAUCAUCCAGGGCCUCCCGUGGGGCGUUUUCCAGACCUUGGCAGUUUCCUACGCUGCCGAUCUGUGUCCGACUCAUCUUCGAGCAUACAUGACUUCGUGGGUCAACAUCUGCUGGGUAGUUGGCGGACUAUUGUCCACUGGCAUUCUUCGUGGGCUGCUCAACAUUGAUAGUGAGUGGGGAUACCGGAUCCCGUUUGCACUGCAAUGGCUGUGGCCUAUUCCAGUCACCAUUGCCACUCUCAUGUGCCCAGAAUCGCCAUGGUGGCUCGUCCGCAAAGGCCGGAUCGACGAGGCCAAAGCUGCGAUUCGCAUGCUUACUAGUCCCAGACCCGGCAGCAUGGACUUUGACGUUGACUCGCACGUUGAGAUGAUGAUUGUUACAGACAAGUUUGAGAGACAGGCACAGGCCGGUACAAACUACUGGCACUGUUUUCAAAAGAGCGACUUGCGACGGACCGAGAUUGCCGCCAUGGUCUGCAUCACCCAAGCCUUCUGCGGUGUCCCAUUUAUGGGAUACGGCGUUCAGUUCAUGGUGAGGGCUGGGCUCGAUACCAACAGCGCGUUCAACCUCAAUGUCGUCCAGAGCUGCGUCGGCUUGAUUGGCUGCAUCCUAGCUUGGUGGCUCAUGACGUACUUUGGACGUCGCUUUCUAUACCUGUCGGGCUUGUCCUCGAUGUUUGUCAUCCUCAUGGCUAUUGGAUUCCUGGGCCUCGCCCCUGACAGCAACGCUGGGACUAGCUGGGCAGUCGGCGCCCUCAUUAUUUUUAUGCUCUUUUUAUUUCAGCUUUCUUUGGGUCCUAUUUGCUAUGCCGUCUUUGCUGAGAUAGCCAGCACCCGUCUGCGGAUCAAGACCGUGGUGAUUGCCCGGGCAAGCUACAACAGCGCCGUGUUUGUCAACAACGCCAUCAUGCCCAGGAUUGUGGGCAGAAACGACUGGGACUGGGGCGCCAAGGGUGGUUUCUUCUGGGCGGGUAUUGACCUGCUGUUCCUGUUUUGGACAUGGUUUCGACUGCCCGAGUCCCGAGGUUUGACAUACGCCGAGCUGGACCUUUUGUUUGAGCACGAGGUUCCUGCUCGGCAUUUCUCCCAGGAGAGAGCCGAUAUGCUCAAGCCAGCAUUGGAUGAGAUUGCUGCCAAGGAGAAAAGACAUUCGAGGAUCCAAACGGUAGAAAUUACAAUUUAA